UUCCAGGCGAAGUUCUUGCAGCCCAACAGAUUUCAAAUCUUCUCUUUUGUUUUUACCUGUGACAUGUUUUUUUUUUCCUUUGCGUAUUCUUUGAAUUGUUCACGUUAUUCGGACAAAGCAUUUGCGAGACUCGAAGAGCGAGCAUUUGCGAACUUAAGAACCACUAUCACUCAAAAAGUCCUUGCUUCUUUAGUUGAACGGUAUGAUUAGGCAGACCACAAACAGCCCUGGCUGCGCAGCACCAUAUGGCCUCCAUAGAGAUCAUCCAGAUCAAGAAUUCCUGAUCGCACCAGGGGCGCGUGACAGGCGAAGACGAGCUGGCAGCUAGACCUAACGACCCAAUUGUAGAAAUUGCACCGACACCAGCUGCGCGAGGAAGAUGAGUCAUCACAUCAAAGCCAAUUUUCUGGCUUCGGUCGCGGUACUAAAGUGCUGGUAUUGGUGCGGCCUUCUGCUGUCAUUGUUGUUUGACGCAAGGACGUCGUGGUCGACGUCGUGGCAACAUCACCCCUGUUUUCCCUUACAACAAGCUACUGCACUUAGUUCCUCCACCCGAUCUUCAACCGGCGAUUCGAGCAAGAAAAAAAAUCGAUCGAACCGCACGGCUGCAACCUCGGCGACCUCAUCCAGCGCUGAAGAUGCUGGAGGUGAAAAUUGUCGUGCUCAACAAAUUUCAUCAGGCAGUCACAGCAAAAAGAACUGCGCCACCAGCACGACCACAAGUCCAACUUCUUCUUCGCUCGCGAACAGGAGCCAGAGUACUAAACCCGACCGCUCGGCGUUCCUGCGCGCCAUCCGGGCGCAGGGCGCGGAAGCGGAAAGCCGAGUGUGUCGCAGCAGCUCUUGCUCCGACGACCACAACAGAAAGCACCGAUACGACAAUCGCGUGCCGAUCGCCAGCACGCGACGCGCGGCGGGGCCGCGGCCCGUUGUGCGGGAAUUUUUGCAGGUGCGACUGCAGCCCGUGGGAAAGAACGGCGUGCCGGUAGUGAAGGAAAACG